UAUAUUAAGUACAGUCUGUACAGUGUGUUGUUCUGCUUCCCUCCUGCGAUGAACACUUGUAGGUACAACAUCCACUGAGCAUGCGCAUAACUAGUGAGCCUGUAUCUGUUCCUAGACAUCAUCACAGGUUGAGCUGAACAUCCUCUUCCACAAGGAGGGAUCUUCAUCAUUUAUUUGUGCCAUUUUUCUGUCUCCGCUGCCGCUGCUUCUGCGGUGUAAAAACAAACAGCACGGAGGGGGUAGAAGCCAUAAGAUGAAGAAACGUUAUGUGGACGCGAGCAGACUACGGAAAAUGAAAAAACUGAAAAUAACGGAGAAGCUGUCUGAAAGUGCGUACACCUUCCUGAAGUUUAUGAUGAUGUGGACGCUGGUGCUGCUGGCAGAUUUCAUCCUUGAAUUCAGACUGGAGUACUUGUGGCCGUGCUGGCUCUUCUUUGGGAGCGUAUACACCACUUUCCACUGCCACGGGCUGGUUAUCUGUGUUGUUUUUGUUUGUGCUGCCUUCACUCUGGACAUCUUUUGUUUAAUUUUUGUUCCUUUGCACUGGCUGUUCUUUGUGGCAAGCACCUACGUGUUAUUUAAUUACAUAUGGCACACAGAGAAAGGCAUCUGUAUAUCGACGGUGUCCUUGUGGAUUCUGCUUGUGUACACAGAAGCUUCACUUCGACUCAGAGACCUUAAAACCUCUCAUGCCAAUCUGUCUCAUCUUUUUGCUGCACACUGCAUUGGAUAUCCUGUAGUGUAUCUGGGGUUUGAUGCCACCUGCUACUUCACCAACAUCUUCAAGCUGCGCAUACAGAAAGCUGUGCAGAGUGAGAAUGAUUUCCACAUGCACCUGCUGCAGCACUCGCUCCCUCCUGGCCUGCAGGUUUACCCCAAGACUGGCACAGAUGGCAGCAGCAGCUCAAAGUGGAAAAUAAAGCCUGAGUCGACUCAGUAUCAGUGUCAGAACGGCGCUGUAGUGGCCCAUGAUGAGGUGCACUCUGUGGACUGCCUCCAGAUCCGCAGUGAGGAGAAAGUGUCUGAGAAAGGAACACAGGAGGUGAGGUCAGCUGAAUCAAACCGGCGUCCGUUAUCAUCCAAACCUAGUGAGUCCAGAGAGCUGCUCCACUGUGGGGCAAGAGGACCGGAAUCCUCUCCAACCCUGGAAAAUCUACCUCAAGAUGAGCAAGGAAGCAAAGCCACACGGGCGGCUAAAAGCUCCUCGCCAAAAGCCCGCAGAGGCAGCACGAACACUCCUUCACCACCUGCAGGGAGGACUGAGAAGAAGCAGAGAUCCAGCUCAAAAACACUCAGCCCCAACCGUGACGUAACAGAGAAGAGUGCUGCAGCAGCUCAGAAUCACCACGCUGAACAGAUGACCAAGCUGGAGCAGGAGCUGAGGAGGCUGAAGGGCGAGCUGCAGGUGAGCAGGCAGAGCGAGCAGGAGCUGCGAAGUCACAUCUGCAACUUGACCAACAGCGAGAGGAGCCUGAGACCAGAGGUUUCCCUGCUCAGACAGUCCAACAUGCUGCUCCAGAGCAAGAUUCUGUGUCUGACUAAAACCAAGCAGAGGGACAAACAGAGCAGUGCGAUGCUGGAGAAGAAGACCAGAUCAGAGACGGAGGCCAGACUCUCUGUUGAAAAACAGUUGGCUGAGCUUCAGGCUCAGAAACUGGAAGAAGCAGCCAGCACAGCACGGAGUCUAACGAACAGGCAGGAACACUGUGAGACCCAAAUGUUAAGGAAAAGAGUUAAAGAUCUAGAGACAGAGUACAAACAACUACAGCUGGAGUGUCAAGUGAAAGAGAGUCGUGUGGUAGAUCUAGAGAGUGAUGUGGAGGCUCUGGGAAAAUACCGCUGUGUGGAGAAAGAGACGGACAUGCUGCUGUCCACUCUGUCAGCCAUGCAGGAGAAAGCUCAACAUCUGGAGUACAAUCUGAGCGCAGAGACUCGCAUCAAACUGGACCUGUUCUCGGCUCUAGGAGACGCCCGCCGACAGCUGGAAAUCGCUCAAGAUAAAGUGAUGAGGCAGGACCGGGAAAUAAAGGAGAUGAAGCAGAAGAUUGCGGAGGUGAUGGCCGUCAGUCCAGGCUUAUCCUACAUGGCUCCUCGGCCUCCGGUGCCGCAGUAUCUCACCAAGCUACUCAACUCUGAGCGUUACAUGCUGAAUCCACGAGCACUGAUGUACCAGUGUCUGAAGAAAUAAAGGAUGUCAUCGCCUUUUUUUGAUCCCUCUACAUAAAACGGCAGGGGAAGGAGCUAAUGGAUUUUUAUUACAGAGCUAAAUGACACCAUGAAGUCAUCUACUUCCAGCCAUGAGUGGAACCAGAAUGAACCUCAACAAGUCAAAUGCCUUUUUGCUGCACUGAUGGUGCUACCUUUACAUUAUUAUAUUUCCUGUUUCCUCCAACAGCAAGGGUUGAAGUUUUUUUUAUUCGAAAACAAUAUAUCUGAUAUGCAGAGCUGCUUUAGACACAAUUUCUAUGUAAAGAUACAGCAUAAACCAUCUAGUUGGGAUGCAACUGAGAAAAGCACAACAUUUCUUCAAAUUCAGACCCUAUAAAUUUGUCUAAAUGAAUGAUUUCUGGAUAAGUAGAUAAACAUUGUUUACAUACUGUAGCUUUAAAAGACAGAUUAACUCUGUAUUAUAUAUUUUCUGGCAUGACCGUAAAACUACACACUCAAUAUUAUUUAUAAUGUUAUCAAAAGUAUUACACUUACAAAGUUGUAAGAUUUUAGGGACUAUAAUAACCUUUGUUUUAGUGAAGUGGCCAAGGUAGACAUGACAGUGAGCCAGCAUGCACAAUACCAGGACCCUCUAACUGAAGCAGCUAAAUGGAAUUCAGCUAUCAUUACUUUCAUUAUUUACGCCGGGUUUUUUUCCUACUGUGACAUGUCAAAAUGUUAUAAAAAUAAGAUUUCAUGCUGCAACAGAUUUUGGAAAAAUAUGUUCAGACUUAAUACCAAUAUAUUAAUGUCUUAAUAUGAAUAUAGAGAGAUGAUACAUGAUAAUAUUGAAUUAUCCCCAAACCCUAGUUAGUUGUGUUUAUGGACUUUGAAUUUUAAGACUAAAAUAAACAAUUAUUAAUAUUAGGUCGAGACAAUAUUCUAUUUACUUUUCUCUCAGAGCAUAAAUUUAAUUAUUAACCAACAACAUCAUUAUGCUCAAUCUUUAAGAAAAGUAUGUCUGUGCCUGUAAAUAGUGGAUUAAGAAUAUUUAAAUUGUGCUGAAAUUAUGAUCAAAUUACCACUUUUUAAAAUCUAAAACGUGUUUUGGAAUGAGACCCUUCAGAGUUGCAGAUAUUUCGAUUUAACAGGUGUCGUUUUUGUGUGAAGCUCCCCGCCUUCAAUCCGGGAGUUUCUUGAGAACAGCGAUGUUUCAAUUGUCUGCAUGAGCAGAUAAAGUUGAGGAGGAGCAGUAAAAACAGUUCAUAGUAAGUAGCGAUUAUCUCUCUUUGUUCCAACUGACAACUAACAACUACAUUUUGGCAGCUCUUGGCUCCACCAUAGCAAACCCCUUGAAAGAGAGAAAGUGUGAAAAAGUGAACUGAAAGGUUUCCCCUUUGUUUGCCAGAAUUAAACUUUGUUCAUGAAUUAAAGUGGAGUUGUGAAUAACAAGGAAUGGUGUUGACCAAACAUGGUUCAUGAAUUUAAUUACUGUGCCUAUAUAUAUAUUACUUUCAAACUGGGAAGGAAAACACAAAUUAAAUGUGAAAGAGUUAUGUGUUUGAAUUGAAGUGCUAUGUACUGUUUUGUAGGGUUUUUUGUUUAAUUUUUCUUUUUUUUACUCACAAUGUACAGAAUUGAAAAUACCCAUGCAGCUGAAAAACACUCAUGAACUGGAUGUCUCCAUUUUGGUAGCUUUUUAUUUAGAGUGUGUUUCUAGGGUGUUUUAUAUCAGAAAUAUUUUUUAGUCCUGCUGUACUUUUAUUAUACUGCUGUAAUUUUGUACAGCAAUGUGUUUGUCCGCAUGAAAUGUGUUUUAUUCAACUGUUAUUUGAGCACACAUUGUGACUUUAAGUAUGUACAUGAAUAUAAUUGUACAAGGGCUACAGUUUCUUAAAUUUUUGAACAAAUAAUUCAAACAGUGAUGCUCUGAGGGUAGAGAACACGCUCCUGAUACACCAGGAUGUUUUUUUUGUAUAAAUAAUUUAAACAAUUGAA